AUGGCGUCUCCCCACAGUAGCGACAUCUACGCUACGUACAAAGUCGAAUUAGCCGCGGGGAUCAUUUCGAAAAAUAAUUACCGACGUGUGGCAAUCCAGUUGCCUGAUUGCAUGCUGGAGGAUUCGCUUCUCCUUUCGCAUGCCAUCCAGAGGGAGCUCCAGAAAGGAAAGCCAUCUCACCCUCCCACUUACGAACCAACGGGGAUUAUCACCCCAUGUUGUGGGGGAAAAUCCCGCACAGAAGGGGAACAUAACUGUGGGAAGGAAGACAAUCCAGUUGGAAGCCCCCCCGAUGGAGUCAACAUUUACAUUUUAGGAGACACAUCGCUGAACGAAUGUUGCGAAGACUACGUAAGUGCCGAACAUGUGCAGGCAGAUCUUCUUCUGCAUUAUGGACCGUCGUGUCAGUCGUUCAUAGCGUCCUCCAUCCCUUCAGUCCACCUCUUUAGUGAAAUAAAACAGGAGGAAGCCUUUUACAAAAAAGUUAAAGAGGGGUUCAUACAGAGUAACCUUCCCUACAGGGAUGAAGUGUGCAUCAUUUUGUGCGACGUGGCCUACACGGGGUGCAUGUCCCACUUGGUGAACGCCUUUGUGGAGGUCGGCGGUGGUGCAAGAGGGGGAGGAGCAGACUGGGGGAACCGAAUGAAGAAGCCGCUUUACCUGGUGGACGGCCGACUCGUGGGAGGAAAGUCCUUCCUGCGGAGUGGCACGGAUGGGGUAAACAGGGAGGCGGUAAAGACGGGUGCCAUAAACACGGAUGGCGUAAACACUGAUGCGGUAAGCGCGGAAUCGAUAAACACCGAUGAGAUAAACACCGAUGCGGUAAACGGGGAUGCACUGCACACCGACGCGGUAAACACCAACAUAAUCGCGUGCCUGCACAGAAUAGCCAGCAAAAUGCAAGGCAAAAACUGCUACGGGGAUCACCGUAACUAUGUCGAGUUGGACGCGCACGAAGACCUCGAGAGGAAGUAUGCCUUCUUCUGUGGUAGGCUGCUCAUAAGAGUUCUGUGUAGCGACAGACUGGGUACAUUGAUUUAUGAAGUGAUACGGAAAGAGGAGAUGUCCCCUCCGUGGGGGACCAUCCUAACCAGGGGGAAAGAAGAAAGACCCAAUUUGUUUCUUUUUACAAACGGGAAUCUAAAUCUAAAGCGUAGGUGUAUUCUAGAAUAUGGAUGUUACCCUGAGAGUGUGCAUAUAUACGAGGAGAAGGAGGAGGAAAAAAAACAUGUCGGAGCAAACGGAACCAAUGAAAUUUCCCAUUUUGAAAAAAAAAAAGAUCUGGAUAAACUAUUACUCAAAAGAUACAGCCUCAUAGAAAAGUGCAAGCUGGUAGAUACGUUUGGCAUUUUAAUAGCCAACGUAAACUUACAAAAAAAUCGAGAAAUGAAAAGAAGCUUAAGUUAUAUUUUACGAUCGAGGGGGAAGAAGUGCUUCACUAUCGCUACGAACAAAUUGAAUGGUCCUAAGCUGGAAAAUUUCUCCGACAUAGAAAUGUAUAUUCUUUUGUCUUGCCCUGAGAAGAGCUUCCUUGAAUUACCUGAUUUUUCGAAGAAGAUUAUAAACCCCUGUGAGUUUUUUAUUGCAUAUGGAUAUAUGGACUGGCAGUGCGGCUACCUCUUUGAGUUUUUCCACCUGCUGGCUGUGCCGUCUGUGCGCCGUGCGCUGGACGGCCUGGCCGGGGGCAAGUACCGGCUGUGGUCCCUCGGCUGGGGGGCCCCCAGCCUGGCUGAUGUGCCAAACGGGGCUGUCCAAAAUGGCACUCCUGUUGAAUGCGGCACAGCUGCUGAAUGCGACACUGAUGUCAGACGUGGCACUUCCGACCAAUGCGGCGGGCCUGACCCAUCGGCUUCCAUUGAGGGGUCGCCCGGGUCAAGUCAAGUCCUCUUAACCUGCCACCCCCUCGUCGACCCGUCUCUACCCAUCCCAGUGGAAGAACAGAAGAAAUUCAUAACCACCUUUGACGAAAGGUCACCCAUGUGCAGAUACUUUUUGGAGACUUUAGUGGAGAACGCGUCCCGAGAGUACCGGGGAGUCGAAAUGAACUACAACACGGAGACCGUGCCGGAGGUCGUUCCUGGGCAGGACGGAAUAGCUCAGCGUUACGAGUCCGACUUGCGCUUUUGCUGCUGA